AUGUCACGAAACAUCUGCAUCACCGCCGUCGACGGCAACACCGGCUUUCUCAUCGCCGAACUAAUCCUCAAACACCGCGACUUCUCACGCAAAGUCUCCUCCGUCACUGGCCUAACCCUGCACCCCGAAUCCCCCAAAGCCAAAGAACUCCAAGACCUCGGCGCCAAAAUCGUCGCCCACAAGCCCGGCCGUCUCCGAGUAAUGGCCAAGACUCUCCAAGACACCGGAUGCGACACCAUCUGUCUCGUUCCGCCUGCUCACGAGCAUAAGCUUGAGAUUAGCGAAGAGCUCGUCCAUGCUGCGAAGAGGGCGGAUGUUCCGAAUGUGCUGCUUAUUAGUUCGGCGGGGUGUGAUUAUGCGGAGAGGGGGAAGCAGCCGAGACUGAGGGAGUUUAUUGAUUUGGAGACGCUUGUUAUGGAGGCUAAGGGAGAUCCGGAUGUUUCUACGGGGACGUCGCCUUGUAUUAUUCGGGCUGGAUUCUAUGCUGAGAACCUUUUGCUGUAUGCGCAGCAGGCUAAGUCGGAGGGCGUUCUUCCACUUCCAAUUGGCGAAUUCCAUAAGUUUGCGCCUGUUGCACUUGGUGACGUUGCUCAAGUCGCUGCUCAUGUUCUGACUGGCAAGGGCAAGCAUGGAUUUGACGACCGCCACCGCGGACAAAUGAUGGUCGUAACUGGCCCCAUGCUUUGCGCAGGCAAAGAGCUCGCAGCCGCGGCCAGCAAAGCUCUGAGUGCCGAACUUCAGUUCGAGAACAUCUCCCAUGCUGAAGCAAAGAGAGUUCUCAAGUCCCAGUCUGAUAUCGACCCAUCCGAACAGCAAUAUCUCCUCGAGUACUACAGCCUUGUGAAGGAGGGCAAAACCAACUACAUCUCCACCACUGCUUUCCACGAUGUUACUGGCGAGCAUCCGACUGAGCCGGAGAAUUUCUUCAAGAUCUAUGAGGGUGAGAUGAGACCUAAGAAGAAGGCUAAGCAUGAGCAUAAAUAA